UAUGUUGACAUUAGUUUCAUAAUUUCAAUUAGAAACAGUGUAGAAAUAUGUAAAUUAAUAUAUAAUGAUAUGUAUUUAUUAUGUAUUUGAAUUUGUAUUUAUUUUGUUCCGAGUCUGGGUGCCCUCUGACCUACAGUGGCCCGGUGGCCCUGUACGUCAGUAUGAGCGCCUCUGCUGAUCGCUGCAUGCAGCUGCAGCUCCUCUCGGCUCUCAGAGCUGCAUGUCUCCUCCUCUCCUGCGGAUGGCGCCCCUCCGAGACAGGCCUAGACGGUUUGUGCAGUUUCGUGUGCAACAAAGUACCGAGCUUGGCAGCUAGCGAGAAGGGAAAACCAACCCUUCUGGGAUUGUUUAUCUUCGCUGCCCUUUCACACCAUAAUUUCUACCAAUUUCUGCGCUUUCGGUGGUAUUUUGGAAGUUUAACACAAAGGGGAAGCAGAGCGAUUCAAUCCACGGGCGGUGUUAGGACGCUUUGUGGAGGAGGAGGAGGUAUUUUUUGUAUCAAUUGAAAGGCAGGCGGAACGCGAGCUGGCAUAGUAACGACAGAAACAGGACUACGCGAAGAGUGGGUCAGCCAGCCAGCCAGCCAGCCAGCCGGAGAGAGCCGGGAGGACCAGGGCUCAGCCGCAGCCAGCGCCACGGGGAGUCGGGGCCCGAGAGGGAGCCUGCCAGGCCCUCGGCUUGAUGCACCCAGCCUGCCCUGGCUCAGCCGCAGUCCGAGAUGGGGGAGACCAAAAUUAUCUACCACCUCGACGACCAGGAGACGCCGUAUCUGGUGAAAGUGUCGGUGCCGGCGGACAAAGUCACUCUGGCAGACUUCAAAAAUGUCCUCAAGAAGCCAAAUUACAAAUUCUUCUUCAAAUCCAUGGACGAUGACUUCGGGGUGGUAAAGGAGGAAAUAUCCGACGACAACGCUAAGCUGCCCUGUUUCAACGGCCGUGUGGUGUCAUGGUUGGUCUCUGGAGAUGGCGCCCACACAGACGCAGGCUCAGUGGCAGACAGUUUAGAGGCGGCACCGCCCCUGGAGAGGACCGGGGGAAUCGGAGACUCGAGACCUCCUUCAUACCACGCGAAAGCGGCGAGCGGCCGGGACAGUUUGGACAACGACACGGAGACUGGAUCCAUGGUGUCGCAGAGGAGAGAGAGGGAGAGGCCGCGGCGGAAACACAGCAACGACCACGCAGGCGGGAGGCAGAAUGGGUACUCGUCGCGGGCAGCGGGACGCGGCGCCGCCGAGUACGACAGCUGCUCGUCCUUCAUGAGCAGCGAGCUGGAGUCCACGUCCUGCUUCGACUCAGAGGACGAUGACGCAACCAGCAGGUUCAGCAGCUCCACUGAGCAGAGCUCUUCUCGUCUGAUGAGACGACAUCGGCGCCGACGCCGGAAACCUAAGGCUUCAAAUAUGGACAGGUCGUCAUCAUUCAGCAGCAUCACAGACUCCACCAUGUCUCUGAACAUCAUCACUGUCACUCUAAACAUGGAGAAGUAUAACUUCUUGGGUAUCAGCAUCGUGGGUCAGAGCAACGAGAGGGGAGAUGGAGGAAUCUACAUCGGCUCCAUCAUGAAGGGAGGAGCUGUGGCUGCAGACGGGCGCAUAGAGCCCGGAGACAUGCUGUUGCAGGUGAACGACAUAAACUUCGAGAACAUGAGCAACGACGACGCAGUUCGAGUGCUGAGGGACAUAGUGCACAAGCCAGGCCCCAUUACUCUGACUGUUGCAAAGUGCUGGGACCCCAACCCUCGGAGCUGCUUUGCUCUGCCCAGGAGUGAGCCGAUCAGGCCCAUUGAUCCAGCUGCGUGGGUGUCCCACACGGCAGCCAUGACCGGGGUGUACCCUGCAUAUGGCAUGAGCCCCUCCAUGAGCACCGUCACAUCCACCAGCUCCUCCAUCAGCAGCUCUAUCCCUGAGACUGAACGAUUCGACGACUUCCACCUCUCGAUCCACAGCGACAUGGCAACAGUUGCUAAGGCCAUGGCCUGCCCUGAGUCUGGUCUGGAGGUGCGGGACAGGAUGUGGCUAAAGAUAACCAUCGCUAAUGCCUUUAUUGGUUCUGACGUGGUCGACUGGCUCUUCCAUCACGUGGAAGGGUUCUCAGAUCGCAGAGAAGCCCGUAAAUACGCCAGCAACCUGCUGAAGGCCGGCUACAUCAGACACACCGUCAACAAGAUCACCUUCUCUGAACAGUGCUACUACGUCUUCGGAGACCUCUGUGGCAACAUGGCCCACUUGUCUCUCCACGAUCAUGACGGUUCCAGCGGUGGGGCCUCGGAUCAAGACACUCUGCCGCCUCUGCCCCACCCUGGGGCUGCACCGUGGCCCAUGGCCCUGCCGUACCAGUUCCCUAUUCCACACCCCUAUGACCUGCCACAGCCCUUCAUGGGUGGACCAGGCGCUGGCAGCGCAGGAAGCCAGCACAGCGGAAGCAGCGGUUCUAACUGCAGCAAGAACGAGGGUCGGAAAUCCGGCGGCAGUGGCAGCGAGACCGAGAUCAGGAGCCACCGGGCUCCGAGCGAGCGCUCGGUGGCUCCUCCUAGUGAGCGGAGCGUCCGCAGCUCCAUCAGCCAGCGCAGUGCCAACUCCCACUCGAUACCGUACGGGCCUGGCCUCGUGUACGGUCCGCCCGGUCUGCCCCCCCAGCCCGCACAUCUGUCUACAGCUGCGCCUGGUGCUCCGCCCGGCAGAGAGCUCGCCUCCGUGCCCCCUGAGCUCACCGGCUCACGCCAGUCCCUGCGCUUGGCGGUGGGCAAUGCCGGAGAGUUCUUUGUAGACGUGAUGUGACACAGGUUAUAAGUCGGUAACAGAGUAGCAGAUUGGGCGUUCUUCAUGCCGCGAGGCUGAGAAGGACAGCAUGACAGGACAGGAGGGAGGGAAGAUUGCGAAGGCUGUAAACCGAGGCCUUGAUUUCUUGAUUGAUAUGCUGAGAGAAAACAUUCCUCUUCCCUUGUGCUUUUCUUCUUAGUAGUAGCGGCCCCAUACUUUCUUCAAUGAAGAAACUCCCCCUCGCUCGAGAUGGAACCAAAGCGCCUUUCUCCGUUUCUGCUCCACAGUGGGGAAGAGUUUGUGUGAGGACAAAGAGCAAGAGAGGGAGGGAGGCAGUGGAAAUGGUCAGUUGGGGAAGAUGACUCAGCGCUUCUCCACAUGGAUGUUUUUCAUUUGUUCUCCUCUUCACUCUUCCCUCCUCUCUGCUCUGCUUUCCUUAUCUAACAUUCUCUGUCCUCCCCCCACUGCUGUCCACGUCGAAACCGAGAGAGAAUGAAGCCUCUUCCCUCCUUCCGUUGCUUCGACCCCACUCGCUGACCUCUAACAAGAACAAAGAAACCCUGAAAUGAACACUAACAGUUUACCUUAUUCAGACUUUUAUUUGCUUGACUUAAGAAAGAAAGAGAAAGAAAUGAAAAAAGUGUAUGUAGUGCAAGAGAACUGCAGUCCUCCUUACUGUAAGAAUGCAUUUGUUUUAUUAUAUACGUAGUUGGUCACAACUAGCUUCAUUUCUCUAAGUUUAACAUGAGCAUCCAGCUUCAAGAGUCAUUUUUACACUACACAUUUUCAUCUGCUAACCAGAGACUCUUCAGACUGUCUUGUGAUAAUGUAUAGUGAUAAAAGUUUCUUACCAUGUCUUUCACACUACUCUUUUAUCAAGAAAAAAAAUGUGUUUUUAUUUAUAAAUAUAGUUUUAUGACUUAA